AUGCUCUCUCUUUUACAACAUAGCCAAAGAAACCUUGACAAGAAACGUUCACGAAAUGUUUUUUAAGUCAACGAUUGUGGUUCUGUUGGUGUUGACAAAGUACUCAACUACGUCAUCUGCGACCACUGUCGCAUCAACACAAGCUACAACAGGACCAACAMCAACGACUUUGAAGAAUAAAACAUCAGCAGCAAGCCAAUGCGUCCCAGUACCGGGCCCAKCAGCUCACCGAUGUCAUCGCUAUUACAACCAUAGWGUCGGCAUAUGUAACAGUUCUAUUUCUGCYGACGGCUGGAUCUUCGCAAACAGAAAACAACAGAUAGAGUACGAAAAGCGAAUGAGAACCGUUAGAAUAAAGAGAGCAUUCUUCGUUAGCAUGAACAUGCCGGACCCUUCAGUGUUGCUACGCAACCGUUGCUUUCAAAUCGUCCAUGACAUGUAUUGUCAUCACUACUUCCCACGCUGUGACAUGACGUCAAACUACACUCAGCCCCAGCCUAUUUGCAAAGAAGCAUGCGUGAUGCUUAACUUCAAAUGUAAGUCAGAAUGGAUUACUCUCAUGAAGRACUACCCUGGGGUCACGUGGUCAGCACAGGACGACAUUGGCGAGACGAUGGAUCAACAUGAGGCAUUCUCAUUGUACAUCGCUAAGAAUAUCCUAAUGAAAUGCGAUGGACUACCGACCAUGAACGGACCAGAUGUACCUGAAUGCUACAUAGCACCUGAACUAUUACAUGAUAAAACAGCUAUCGAGAUAAUGAAUGGUUCCUCAUAUGAUUGUUUCUAUGGCAAUGGUUACGCCUACCGGGGCAAURUAUCGGUUACGAAGUCUGGGUACGAGUGUCAAUCAUGGUCCGACCAAUGUCCUCACAAUCACUCCCGAACUCCAGACAACUAUCAAGAACUGACUGGAGCGGGCAAUGCAUGCCGGAACCCUGGUCACCAGGCCCCGCGCGGUCCUUGGUGCUAUACDACUAAUCCUGAUGUUAGAUGGGAGUAUUGUAAUAUCACUCGAUGUCCAUACGACGUAUCACAAGGCUAUGUUAUUACUUUGAGUGACGCACAAAAAUACAACCACACGCUAAGCGCCCAGGGAAAUGUACAAGUACGAUCUUCUGGAGCACAAAAGUCAUCAGGGUCCAAAUCACAAGGGGGCAAAAAGAAAAAGGCCAAAAUGGGCAAAAAGAGGUCCGGAUCACGAAAACGCUCCAAAUCAAGAAAAGGGUCAAAAUCAAGCCGAAGCCGAAGCCGAAGCCGAAGGGGAAGAAAACGAUCACGAAAAAACUCAAAAACUAAGAAAAGCUCAAAAUCCAACAAUGGUUGAUUGAUAAAAGUGACUAUUUCCGAGAUGCGGUUGCGCGUUCACGAAAAUCGCAGGCGUACGCAUGGAAACGAGGUAUUUGGGUGCAAAAAUAUAAACCACCUCCAUAACACUGCCGGAAAAUAGGAUUUUUCAUGCGCGCGUCUAGCUACAUUGUUGAACGUGUUCGCGCAUGCUCGGAAAUUGUCUAUCGCAACAUAGGACAUUAAUUUAGCAUACACAGUAGAGAACUGCUGAACCAUGUGGGAGAAGUACAAGAAAUGUUAUAUCCAGGCAAUCGAAAUAUCGAGUGUGUGCUAUUCUGAACCAGUUUGCGUACAGGUAGUAAAACUAGCUUUUAAUUCCUGUGUUUUCUUAAUUUUAUUAAUAAUAAUUAUGUUAAUAUAUAAUGGCGGGAAAUAGGUGUAGGAAAGGUUCAAGAUGUAAAGUUUUUCCGUCGUAUAUAGUAAGGCUAAUAUUGAGUAGUUGAGUGCAUUGCAGUGAAGUCCUUAAACCCGUGAAACAAAACUGUUAAAGUGGAGUGUACGAACGCUCUGUUCGUUUUCGUUUGUAUAUAAAUUAGCUGACUUUCUCUUGCAUGAUCGCAUCACUAUUCCUUUCGAAGAGUUUUUACAUUUGCUUGAAUUUUUUUUUAAUGUUAUAUAUAAAAUAUGAGCGGUUGAUCUUUAUGGUCAUUUAAAACUGUGAGCUGAAAGCUCUUUGAUUCAUUUUCUCCGAGCCGAAUAACCACCUCCCGAAACGUUCAGUUAAAAAUGUAGAUAUCGACGGAGCAAGAGACAGACGUGGACUGUGAAAAACAGUCCUACAGUAACCUAAGAAUCGGAAUAUUUUACUAAGUAUUAGUGACAAGUUAUUGUAGUAUUACUCUAGUGAUGAGAGAGGGGUCAACGCCCUGUCAAUGUGUCUAAGUAAAUUGCUGACCACGCCUAAAAUGUGCAUUGAUACCCAUGUAGAACUUCUAACCUGUUGUAAACAAGCUUGAGAAAUAAAAAACAGAUACUCUGUCA